AUGUGUCACUGGGGUACUUGCCCUGGGUUGGUGCUUAUCUGGUCGCAUUUGAAUCUCCUUAUUCGGCUUCGAUCCGUGGACAUGUUGUUUGUCAUUGGACCUGGCCACGGUGCUCCCGCUGCCCUCGCUUGCCUCUGGCUCGAAGGCUCACUCGAGCGGUUCUAUCCGAAGAAAUAUCCCACAAACAAACAAGGACUUCACAAUCUCGUUACGAAUUUCUCACUUCCUGGAGGCUUCCCUAGAAGUAGUCACAUUAAUCCUGAAACUCCAGGUGCUAUCCAUGAGGGAGGUGAGCUUGGUUAUGCUCUCGCAGUCUCAUUUGGAGCCGCCAUGGACAACCCGGACCUGGUGGUUACCUGUGUCGUAGGUGAUGGUGAGGCCGAGUCCGGCCCUACAGCAGCCGCAUGGCACUCUAUCAAAUAUUUGGACCCAGCUGAGUCUGGGGCCGUUAUUCCAAUUCUCCAUGUAAAUGGUUUCAAAAUUAGCGAGCGCACUAUAUUUGGCUGUAUGGACAACAAAGAGCUUGUGGCGUUAUUUUCAGGUUACGGUUACCAAGUGUGCAUUGUGGAAGAUCUGCAAGAUAUUGACGCCGAGCUAUCCAGCGCGCUCAAUUGGGCGCUGGAUGAAAUUGACGCUAUCCAAAGCGCUGCGCGGAGUGGGAAACACAUGACUAAACCUCGAUGGCCCAUGAUAAUUCUUCGAACCCCGAAGGGCUGGUCAGGCCCAAGAGUAGUUGAUGAGAAGAUUAUCGAGGGUUCAUUCCAUGCCCAUCAAAUCCCCGUGGCUAAAGCCGGCCAAGACAAACACCAUCUUCAAAUCCUCCAAAAUUGGUUGCAAAGUUAUAAUGUGCAGGAACUAUUAGCGGACGGACAACCAGCUGAAAAUUUAUUGAAGGUUUUGCCUGAAGAGGAUUCGAAGAAGCUCGGUCAGCUCAAAGCAUCAUACGACUCCUACCAACGGUUAGACCUACCAGACUGGAAGCCAUAUGCGGCUGAUAAGUCGGACCAAGCAAGCAGUAUGCACCAGUCGGGACAGUUCCUCAACGAGGUUAUCAAGCACAAUUCAUCCACCUUUCGCAUCUUUUCUCCUGAUGAGUUGGAGAGCAACAAGCUCAGCGCCACCCUGGAAAACUCUAGCCGAAACUUCCAAUGGGAUCAAUACUCUCGUGCUCAAGGUGGGCGAGUAAUCGAGAUAUUAUCAGAGCAUUGCUGCCAGGGCUUUCUGCAGGGCUACACAUUGACUGGUAGGACCGCCGUCUUCCCAAGCUAUGAGUCGUUCCUGGGCAUAAUUCACACCAUGAUGGUUCAAUACGCCAAGUUCUCAAAGAUAGCUGGCAGUUUGGAGUGGCGAGGGGAUUCCAGCUCUAUCAACUACAUCGAAACAAGCACAUGGGCAAGACAGGAGCACAACGGCUUCUCUCACCAGAACCCAUCCUUCAUUGGAGCUGUACUAAACUUGAAAGCCAAAACUGCUCGGGUGUAUCUUCCCCCAGAUGCAAACUGCUUUCUUAGCACUUUGCACCACUGUCUGAAGUCUAAAAACUAUGUUAAUCUCAUGAUAGGCUCAAAACAGCCCACCCCAGUGUAUCUUUCCCCGGAGGAUGCAGCCGCGCACUGUAAACGGGGCAUAUCAACCUGGGAGUUUGCAUCCACUCAUUCUGGAGAGGAUCCAGACGUGGUGCUAGUAGGCAUCGGUGUCGAGGUCACAUUCGAAGUCAUCAAAGCCGCGGAGCUCUUGGCGAUAGUAGUACCGGAUCUUCGCGUCCGAGUGAUAAACAUUACCGAUCUUUUGGUGCUUCCAGCAGAAUCAAUCCACCCACAUGCGUUGUCCAGGCGCGACUUUGCCGAAAUGUUUACGCUGGAGAAGCCGGUCUGCUUCAAUUACCACAGCUAUGCGACGGAGCUACAAGGUCUCUUGUUUGGGUGCCCAGGCUUACAUCGUAUGAGUGUAGAGGGCUACAAAGAGGAGGGCAGUACCACUACGCCUUUUGAUAUGAUGCUUGUGAACGAUGUCAGCCGCUUUCAUGUUGCCUCGAGAGCUUUGAAAGCAGCAGCAGGUCGGUGCGAGGCUGUAAGCGACAAUUUGGAUAGUUUACUGAGCAAAAUCGACAAACAAAUGAAAGAUGUCCAAACGUUUAUUGCAGAAAAAGGAAAAGAUCCGUCCGACAUAUACGAGUGGAAGCCUCGGGAUGCACAGGGCGAGGCUUGA